AUGGCUCAAAAAACUUACAUCGUUGAGCACCUCGACGAAGAACUUGGCCCAUGGUCUGAGCUUGAAUACAUCACCAUAGCCAAUGAGUCCAAUCAGGCUGGUGCAAAGUUUUGCUUGUCGUCAGUUCCUCCAACUUUGACCAUACCCGAGGUCUUGAAGGCCGUGCCGGGUUUCACAGCAGACGGCCGAAGUGUUGAAACCUUAUAUGUGGAAAAUAAGUCUCGUGUUUGCUUGCUUGAUCCAUCAGCCACCAAGGAAUUGAGUCCUGAAGAUGGCGAGCUCUUUGACGUUUUCCUUUUUGGUGGAAUCUUGGGAGAUGACCCACCUAGAGACCGAACUUCUGAAUUGAGGAAGAAAGGGUUUGAGGGUCGUCGGCUUGGCCCUAUUCAAUUGACAACGGAUACAGCCGUUCGUUUUCCGUUGGACAAGAUUCCAUAUGUUGACUAUCCAGAACUUCGGGUCAAUAAGAAUGAAAGUACUGAAAUGCCUUUCCGUUAUGUGAAGGACGCAAAUGGAAACCCGAUCAUGCCUGAGGGAAUGAUUGAGCUUAUUAAGAAAGACACAGAAAAGGGAUUUGGCGAUAUGUUUUAG